AUGGAUGAUCUCUUCUUAAAUUUUGACAAAAUACCUUUGGCAACAGCAUCGAUAGCACAAGUUCAUCGUGCAACUCUGACCAACGGGCAGGAGGUGGUUGUUAAAGUCCAACAUGAAGGCGUGAAGACAAUAAUAUUGGAGGACCUAAAAAAUGCGAAGUCAAUAGUUGACUGGAUAGCAUGGGCAGAACCACAAUAUAACUUCAACCCUAUGAUAGAUGAAUGGUGCAAAGAAUCUCCCAAGGAACUAGACUUCAACAGUGAGGCAGAAAAUACAAGGACAGUCUCUAGAAAUCUAGGAUGCAGUCACAAAUGUGAUGAAUAUGUGCCGGCCAAUCGGGUGGAUGUAUUGAUUCCGGAAGUUAUUCUGGAUCCAAGUGGAUUGGUAUGGAUUAUAGUGCCAAGUGCGACGCCCCCAGACAUGACUCCCCAUGUGCGAUGCCCCCCGAUGCGACACCGCAGCUGCAAGCACCCAGUGCAACACCGCAACUGGGCGAAAUACAUCUCCAUCACAUUGGAAGUGAUAAAAUGGACUCUUCACCAUAGGUGGACAAGAGUGGAACCAAAAAAUUUUGGGGGCAACCUCAGCAAGACUCGCUACCCCCGCUGCAGGAGUCAUAUUCUCAACCUAUUGGACACCAUUGUUCGACUGGCCUACUAG